AUGCUACCCAUUGUGAAGGAGUACAUGACCGAAUGCGCGCAGCGGCGGGUGGAGCCGUAUUACGGUUUUAUCGAGCAUGCGGGGGCCGGAGAAAUAGUGACGGACUUGGAUUUUGCCCCGUUGCACAGUGUGCGGGUUUUUGCAUUGACGUUGCUGCGUUGCGGGCCGCGUUCCAUCGCUGUGAGGGGGCCGAAGUUGCAAGUUUUAGCGCUGCGUUACGACUCGAACAAGGGCAUGCAUCACCCCCCGCGGCAGUCGAAGCGCAAGGUUUCCUACACGACCUUGUUGUCGCAGCGUCUCCCUGAAGAUGUCAUUGUUGCAGCACAAAACCGGCCGGUGCUGAGGAGCCUCAUUGACGGCGUGCGUGUGGCGUGCAUGACUUACACGGGGCAUUUGGUUCGUGUGGAGUUGUGUGGCCUGCCGCUUAGGGAGAUAAGGGAGGUGGUUACCAGGCUGUUUGAUGUGCUGCAGCACUGUGGUCUCCUUCGGGUACUCAACCUGAACAAGUCCAAGCUGACGGACCAGCUUUUCACGCGGCUGACAACGACGGUGAACACGUUUCCCUCACUGAAGGAGGGCCACUUCUCCGAGUGUGGUCUUACAGACGGCAGUGCCAGGGGCAUUCAUUCUCUCAUUCUCCUCAAUCGCGGCAGGGAGCAGAACGCGAUGUGGCGUGCGUCUCUGAGGGACGGGGUUGGCGGUCACGUUGCAACGUUCGCGCGGGGGCUGGAAGUGCUUGAUUUGUCGGGCAAUUGCCUUAGCGAUGCCACUAUUAGGCGAUUGGGACUUGCCAUAGCGCAUGAUGCAUCGCUGCGAGUAAUUGAUAUGAGCCGCAACACUGUGACGACGGCAGGGCUGAAGGAGUUUUUACAGCGUGGGACACUGCAGGAGAGCGCAGUGGAGUCCCUUGACCUGUCAAAGAACUUGAUUGACACAAAGGAUAAAUUUUUCGUUGGGGAUAACUUUGCAUGUCAGCACACGUACGGGGAGCAGCUUCUUCUCACCCGGUUAGACUCUCGAGAGCGGCACCGCAGCGCCAGCACGGCACCCCAAUUGGAGGUGAGUGGUGCCGCCGUACCACAGCUGAGGUCAUCGGCCGCCGAUGGUGCGCCGCUGGAGAUUCACCAUCCGCGUGCCGUCUCGCCAGAGGACGUUGGGGCCGGCGGUUUAAGGUCACGCGAGUCGAGUCCCGCUGCGGUGUUGGACACAUGUGAGGAGAACGCUGAGGUUUGCUCUCAGUUGUUGAGGUGCCCCGGGAUGGAGCGGCCGCAGGCAAACCGUAGCACAUGGACCGCCUCACCCGAGAUGUUUGAUCGCCAAAGCAACGCCAGCCGCCGUAACGGGGACCGCAAGGCAUCCGAACGUUCUCGAUUUUCUUAUCAGGAGACGGGGAAACAGCAAGAAAACCAACCGCGCCUCAAUCAAUGCCCACCGCCGCAUCAAACUGCCGUGCCUUUUUUCCCACCGCUUCUUUUUGCUCCCACCGGCAGUGGCGAUGGCUCUCAGCAGCAGCAGCAGCAGCAGCAGUGGUGUGGUGUCCCGCUGUAUGUCCCUGUCCCUGUUUCUUCACUUGGGGCUAUGGCGAUGCCGCCACCCGCGCGAUCUACGCGGGAUGUCGCCGUGGGGACCUCGCCUCAGCCGGACACAAUGCAGCAGAGCACUUCUAGAUCCCUCUCUACCACGCCAUUGGCCGACGGCGAUGUCACGGAUGACGGCACCGCCUUUGAGAAGAUGAUGAUGGAACCCUUACAGACCAAUGACUGGGAGCUUGCGGACUGGAGGAGGAAUGAGCAGCGCUUUCUGGAGUCUCUCAUUGUGCGACUGGAGUCCCAAGAAAAUGCAACAACCGAGAUGCUGGAGCGAAACUACCAGGCAACAUGUGAUCGUUUGGGUGCCAUUCAAGAGGAAUUCUCGCGGCAGAUUCACGAGCUGCUUCAGGAGCAACGUGUGGGGGCUGAGCGGUUUCGUGGGGAGCUGCGCGAGGAAUUAUUGAGCGAACGGCACCAGCAACAACAGCAGCAGGACCCUGAAGCCGCCAUGGCGGAGCAGCUGGCGCAACUCAUAGAUACGGGGAUGAAACGUAUUCAUGAUCAGAUGGAGAGGCGUUCGGCUUCUGCUUCUGGCACGGCAGCCAAGGCGGCGGGUGUUGACUUGCAACAACCAACACAGGAAUACCUCCGCGUAGUGAAGGAGCGAUUGAGCAGUUUGGGAUGGUGA